AUGGACGAGUCCAACUUUGUCCGUGUUCAGCUGUUUGCACAACCAGAAUAUAUUAAAACAAGUUUGAUUAGGGGGUGGAAGGUAAGUUGCACAGCUUACAACAGUGAUACUGGAUAUGUUUGGCAAGACAUUGGAAAUAGCACAAUUUGCCUAGCCUUUUCUGGUUCUCUAGAUUCCAGUGCCUUUCGUCAAACAGACAACAAAUUUGGCGUGGGCAACAUCAAUGAGCGUAAUGAUUGUUUUGAGUCCAUGGAGCGAGCGCUCGUCUACAAAGAGGCUCUCACCAAAUUUUCAGAUAUUUGGAACGACAAUCUCAAAGCACAGGUUGAAAAGGCACUUAAAACAGGAAAAUCUGUUUUGUUUACGGGCCAUUCUAUUGGAGGAGGCAUUGCUACUUUGGCCACACUCACGAGUUUGCGGAAACUGGGUAAGGACGCCCCUGUUUUCGCCAUCACAUAUGGUUUUCCUCUGAUUGGAGAUGAAGUUCUUUCCAGAGAAGUUCGUAAGCAGGGGUGGGAUAAUCAUUUCUUCAAUGUUGUUUUAAGAAGUGAUGUUUUUGCGAGAACUCUGUUGGCUCCUUGUGAGUCCGUGUGUAGCCCUUUGGAAGCCCUGCUACCAUACUGGCAGAGGUCUGCCAAGCAGAUGAAUGAAGAUGAUAAAGACAUUCUUAUGGAGCCUGUAGAAUGGGGCUUUGCCGAGUAUUUAAGCACUGUCGUGCAGCAUGCUCGGGAAGUGGUUGAAUUCAUCACUUUAACCAAUAUGGAGGCUGCAAAGAAACUGAUAGCAAGUCUGAAGCUUGCGGUCGAGUUAAGCCCUUACAGACCGUUUGGAUAUUAUUUGUUCUGUUCAGCCAAGGGAGCUCUUCUUGUUGAAAACAGUGAGACUGAGGUUGCGUUGCCCAUCCUAUAUUACUCCUUGGCCAGUGGUCAAGACCAGGCUUCUAUUUCAGAUCACACUCACUAUGUUACAGUCUUUAAUGCCAACACAAACAUCAUCAAUUUGGAAAGGCGUCAGAUUCUUCCAUUAUCACAAGGUGCACCGUAUUCUGCCAUGGAAAUCCUACUGGAUUUUCUUGAAUUUGGGAAUGGUAGAAUCUUCCAUGCCAACACGAGUAUCGUCAAUUUGGAAGUGCUUCCAAUUCAUCCCUUACAACAAGGCGCACCUUCAUCUGCCACGGAAUUUCAGUUAGCAUCUUGA